AUGGACCCGAGUUCCCGUAAGACCGGUCAUGGUAAAUUGAAUCACAGGAGUGUCUCGGAUCAUAACGUUUUCUUCGCUUAUGUGUGCCUGGUUAAUGAUGUGGAACCCACUGAUGGUAAUGAGCUUGAGACGUCCCAACUGUCUGAUGAUGAAGUGCUUAACGAUAGGCCAAUUCAAGUGGAAAGAUCUAGAGCUCUUCAUGAACUAGUUGAAGUCAAAAAGCGUGAUAUGCCUAUUGACAGCAACAUGGCGUAUGCAGAAACCACAGAAAAUGUGGAGCUUCAAUAUAUUCGAGAAGAACCGGAGGAUCCGAGGAACCAUGCGAACAUAUUGAAGUUUACGAAGAUGAAAUGGCUGACUGAAGGGCAAGAGGGUUCUCCAGAGUCCAGUUCUCCAUCUAUAUCUCCAUCCGUUUCAUCUGCGUCCACGUGCAGUAGAGAAUCUGAAGAAGCGAUCGACUGCCGCGUCAGUGUCGGUGACAAGUGUCUGUCGACUAUCCUUCGUUUGGACAAAGAGCAUAACAUGUUUGGGCUAUCCAACAUAGCCAUUAUUGGAACGAAGACGUCAAAACGUAAUCGCAAAGAUAAACCCGCGUUUCCACAGACUGCGAUUGUCCAAAUAUGCUGUGGUAGAGGAUGCUGCCGACACAAGGCUUCUCCCUGCACGCCUUCUAAAUGCAUGCUAGAUUGUAGCAAUUGCUUCGGUAUGAAGAUUUCGGUAAAGAGGAAACCUAAAUACGAUCCCGCUCCGCCUUUAGCUGCAAGAUCAUGCCAUCACUUACCCCACUGCGUUCCCCCAUCCUCAUGUUUUCCUUACCUGAUGCCCUGCUACUGGCCAUCAAGAGCCGGAGCACCCUGUAACGAUCCGUCGCGAUGCUUUCACACACCACCCUGUAGGGCGCCGAGGAAGAGAAAGGCACCUAAGUCACCAGAUGAAAUAUGUCCCAAGAACAUUCCUGUUAUGAAGAAAGCAAUUGAAAGUCGAUUUGGGAAUAAAUAG